AGGAAGGGGGAAGCGGAGCGCCGGUCCGGAGGGCAGGAGGAGGCGCGGCCAAAGGCGGGUGGCCGGAGCGAGGCGAGGCGAGGCGGCGACCUCGGGACGAGCAGCGGCCCGGCGAGCGCGGGGCGCACGGAGGCGAGGGAGGCGGGGGAGCCCCGCCGCCGCUGCGCCCGCCCCUUCCCCCUAGUCGCCCGCCCCCUCUCCCCCCGCCCGCUCGCCGCCUUCCUCCCUCUGCCUUCCUUCCCCACGGCCGGCCGCCUCCUCGCCCGCCCGCCCGCAGCCGAGGAGCCGAGGCCGCGGCGGCCGUGGCGGCGGAGCCCUGAGCCAUGGCCUCGGGCGACACCCUUUACAUCGCCACGGACGGCUCGGAGAUGCCGGCCGAGAUCGUGGAGCUGCACGAGAUCGAGGUGGAGACCAUCCCGGUGGAGACCAUCGAGACCACGGUGGUGGGCGAGGAGGAGGAGGACGACGACGACGACGAGGACGGCGGCGGCGGCGACCACGGCGGCGGGGGCGGCCACGGGCACGCCGGCCACCACCACCACCAUCACCACCACCACCACCACCACCACCACCCGCCCAUGAUCGCGCUGCAGCCGCUCGUCACCGACGACCCGACCCAGGUGCACCACCACCAGGAGGUGAUCCUGGUGCAGACGCGCGAGGAGGUGGUGGGCGGCGACGACUCGGACGGGCUGCGCGCCGAGGACGGCUUCGAGGACCAGAUCCUCAUCCCGGUGCCCGCUCCGGCCGGCGGCGACGACGACUACAUCGAGCAGACGCUGGUCACCGUGGCGGCGGCCGGCAAGAGCGGCGGCGGCGGCUCGUCGUCGUCGGGCGGCGGCCGCGUCAAGAAGGGCGGCGGCAAGAAGAGCGGCAAGAAGAGUUACCUGAGCGGCGGGGCCGGGGCGGCGGGCGGCGGCGGCGGCGCCGACGCGGGCAACAAGAAGUGGGAGCAGAAGCAGGUGCAGAUCAAGACCCUGGAGGGCGAGUUCUCCGUCACCAUGUGGUCCUCAGAUGAAAAAAAAGAUAUUGACCAUGAGACAGUGGUUGAAGAACAGAUCAUUGGAGAGAACUCGCCUCCUGAUUAUUCAGAGUACAUGACAGGAAAGAAACUUCCUCCUGGAGGGAUACCUGGCAUAGACCUCUCAGAUCCCAAGCAACUGGCAGAAUUUGCCAGAAUGAAGCCAAGAAAAAUUAAAGAAGAUGAUGCUCCAAGAACAAUAGCUUGCCCUCAUAAAGGCUGCACAAAGAUGUUCAGGGAUAACUCUGCCAUGAGAAAACAUCUGCACACCCACGGUCCCAGAGUACACGUCUGUGCAGAAUGUGGCAAAGCCUUUGUUGAGAGCUCAAAACUAAAACGACAUCAACUGGUUCAUACUGGAGAGAAACCCUUUCAGUGCACGUUCGAAGGCUGCGGGAAACGGUUUUCACUGGACUUCAAUUUGCGCACUCAUGUGCGAAUCCAUACUGGAGACAGGCCCUAUGUGUGCCCCUUCGAUGGUUGUAAUAAGAAGUUUGCCCAGUCAACUAACCUGAAAUCUCACAUCUUAACACAUGCUAAGGCCAAAAACAACCAGUGAAAAGAAGAGAGAGAAGACUCUUCUCGCCCUCGGGAAGCUUCUUCCAGGAGUGUGAUUGGGAAUAAAUAUGCCUCUCCUUUGUAUAUUAUUUCUAGGAAAGAAUUUUAAAAAUUAAUCCUACACACCUAAGGGACGUGUUUUGAUAAAGUAGUAAAAAUUAAAAAACUUUAAUAAGAUGACAUUGCUAAGAUGCUCUAUCUUGCUCUGUAAUCUCGUUUCAAAAACACGGUGUUUUUGUAAAGUGUGGUCCCAACAGGAGGACAAUUCAUGAACUUCGCAUCAAAAGACAAUUCUUUAUACAACAGUGCUAAAAAUGGGACUUCUUUUCACAUUCUUAUAAAUAUGAAGCUCACCUGUUGCUUACAAUUUUUUUAAUUUUGUAUUUUCCAAGUGUGCAUAUUGUACACUUUUUGGGGAUAUGCUUAGUAAUGCUAUGUGUGAUUUUUCUGGAGGUUGAUAACUUUGCUUGCAGUAGAUUUUCUUUAAAAGAAUGGGCAGUUACAUGCAUACUUCAAAAGUAUUUUCCUGUAAAAAAAAAAAGUUAUAUAGGUUUUGUUUGCUAUCUUAAUUUUGGUUGUAUUCUUUGAUGUUAACACAUUUUGUAUAAUUGUACCGUAUAGCUGUAUUGAAUCAUGUAGUAUCAAAUAUUAGAUGUGAUUUAAUAGUGUUAAUCAAUUUAAACCCAUUUUAGUCACCUUUUUUUUUCCCAAAAAAUACUGCCAGAUGCUGACGUUCAGUGUAAUUUCUUUGCCUGUUCAGUUACAGAAAGUGGUGCUCAGUUGUAGAUGUGUUGUACCUUUGACACCUGAUGUGUACAUCCCAUGUAACAGAAAGGGCAGCAAUAAAACAGCAAUCCUGAAGAAAGAGUAUGGCAGAAAAAGAUCUGUAAGCACAGUCUUAUUUUCUUUUUUGUCCAGAAUAAUUCUAAUUCUUGAGCCUCCCAGAAAUUGGAAGCUAAAUAAAGCAACUCAAGUUUCCUUUCUUUUGUACUCAGUUACAGUGAUUUGUGAUUUAAACGAUGCAUGGAUGUCUUAAUACUUCCCACAUGUUAUGAAUUCUAAAGAGAGUGUAGGUAACAGGCACCCUGAGUUAAGGAACUACCUCAGAGUACCCCCAAACCAGUCCGAUUGGUGAUAGGAUUUGAUUUUAGCACCCUCAGCAAAUGUUUGACUGAAGCCGUUUUGAUGUGGCCUGUGUGCGUCCUCAGGUAAGGUGCUGACUGGCAGUGGGGUGCAAGCAGGAGAAGACUGGGCGUUUCCCUUACGCACGCAGCCUUCAGAGGCAGCACCAGCAGGUACUUCGGCUUGUCUUACAGGAAAGCAUUUGUUUUUUUGUUUUUUUUUGGUUUGAGAGCCUUUGUUUCUCCAUCUAGAGGAGGCCUUAAAUGCUAGCAAAUGAGGCAGUUGAAUGCCAGUAAAUUAAUUUCAUACUUCCAAACAGCUACUGAUGCAGAUUGUCAAGGUGAUUAGAUUAUUAGAAAGUUGUACUCGAUGAGUACUUUACCUCUCACAUGUGACCUCUUAAAUAUACAAUUAAAAUUUUUGAAUUUUACUUGGUCAGAUAUCAGACUCACUGAGAAUAUUUUAUAUAAACUGCUGUGAUUCUGCAAAAUCCCAUUUACUUAAAAUGCAAACAUACUUUUGUCUUUCUGCAUCUUUCUCUGCUGUAGGCUUGACUCUGCAAGAUAAAUGACCAACUAGCUAAUAAGAUCAGAGACUUACUUACAGAACAUGCAGGACGUCAUCAGGUCCAAGAUAUUUAGCCCGAUCUCUUACAGCUUCUCCAUCAGCCCUGUACAGGGGAUUGAUGCUCUAACAACAGGGACCCUGUGGCUCUGCAGAGUUUUGAAGUGCCUUCUGAAUCAUAAAGGAGACAUUUAAUUUGAGACUGUAAAAAAUUGUAAUCCACUGAGUAGUUUGAUGGAACUAAGUUUAAUCAGAAGACCCUAGCUGUUCUCUAGAUCAGCUGGGCUUUGCUGUAUCUGGCAGUCGGGAGAGAGGUAAGCCCCCAGAGGAGGCUCCUUCCAUGGCCGAGUGCCCAGAUGCUGACACCUAGCUUUUUGACUAGACCUAGGGCCAAGGCCUCCACUGAUGACUGUCGUCUUGGUGUCCAUUCCUUCCCUCCCCACUGUCAGGUCAAGUAGUGCCAGCGUAGCUGGGCUGGAAAGCCACAAAGGCCUGGUGGCUGGAUUCUGGGUCUGGAGCUGCAUCGGGCCACGCUGGAGCCUGGCUCGGGUGCCGUCCCUGGGACUCCUGCCCAGGGGCUCCCAGUAGAGCAGAGCAGACCCGUGCUGUGGGGAAGCCCUCGGGAACGGUCUGAGGGCCACGCACUGACCACAGGCGCCAAGCUCCUGUGCAGAGGGAGGUCCCACUUCCUGUGUGCCUUGGUCCCUCGGAAGGGGGCUCUCUUCUGUAAUUUCUGUCCUUUCUGUCUCUGGAGUAGCUUCACUUCCCUUGACUCUGUCUCUGUUCACGUGUCUCCUCUCAGUCUGCAGAGUGAAUUUCUGUAAGGAGUUGAAUCUGGGGUUAAGUUCCUCAUUGACCUAGUGCACUCAAUUUAUAGUAGUGUAGGAAACUAAGAAAUGAGCAACAAUUUAAAGAGUAGAGAGGUAGUUCUCAUUGUGUUCAACUCCAGCCCAUUUUGCUUGUGGUUAAAGGUUUAUAAUUUUGCUAUAGAUAUGAUUUACUAAAACUUGAAAAGGUGUUUCCAACAGUGAGUCAGUUGUCUUGAGGAGUCAUCUGAUUUAUAAGUAAUUCUGAUAGACAUAUUUUCUUACAUCUAAGCUGAAAUAAAUGCAUGUUUCUAGCAUAUGUAAUAUAAAAACUCCAGAGGAUAAGUUUACACUUCAAAGAUGUUGUUUUCUAUUUUUGAAUUUCUUAUUAUUUUCCCCCUUUUUGGUAGUGGGGUUCAGGGGGGAGCAUAAUAUUUGUAUAAAGAAGUCACCCCAGAGUGACAUUUAUUUUCCAAGGUGACAUUGAAUCCAUGCUGUUGGUUUCAUAUGGUGUUUGUGUGCUUUGCCUAAACUCAAGCCUGAGGAUUUGAAGAAAAUUAACUAGAAAUUGAUUCCUAUCUGGUGUUCAUGCACAAGUUCUUUUAAAUGUUGCUUAUUUUGCUAAACUUGCAUAAUUAAAGUAAGACCCUUUCAUGGAACAGUAUGCUCAAUGCCUGCCAAUGUUUCCAAGCAAAGUUCUAGUUCAUUUCUUUACAAACUAGAAUCACUUUUUAAUCAGCAGGAAGAUGAGAGAAACCCAUGUUCUGCCUGAGUCUUUAAGAGUGCUGGCUUGAGCGGGCCUGUCGCUGCACCCUUGUUGGGUGUUGGCGUCUGCUUGGCUUACUUAGCUCUGUUGCAGUGAGUUCAUGCCCGUGGCACAGGAAAGCCUGGGUCCCUAAAAGAAGAUUUUGAAUUGGAAACCUGAUUCCAGUCCAACCCCACCUCCCAGUUACAGAGUCGAUAAUGUAUUUCCUGUGUUCUCUGACUCCUGUGUAGUUUGGGAUCAGAGUGGAUUACAGAAUCCAUUUGUUAAUCUUUAAUUCCGUAAGUUCCUUCUGUCUUCUUUCUUUGAUAUCUGACCACCAGCAAAAGCAAGGGGUCAAAACACUGGUGAGAUCCAGUGCUGCUAACAGGCGUCCACUUGAUGACGCGACCUAAUGAUUUGACUUUCCUCCAGCUGCUCUGUGGCCUGCUGAAGCCAGCUCUUGGCCUGUUGCUGGGCUGACUUGGAUCCCUGGCCUUCGAGGGCAGCCCCCUGGCUGCAAGGCCCUUUGUCUGGCUCCCACUGGCAUUGGUGAAGGUGAGGGAUGUCCUCAGAGGUGAGGCCUGUCAGGUGCUGGGGACUUGCGGGAGGAAGCCCACGCUCCCGAGCACCUUGCAGCUCUGCUCAUGCGCUUCCCGGCUCGCUCUUCAAGAGCAGAGGGCGGGCCCUUGCCUUCGGCCUCAGUUCGGCUGAGUGGCUGGCGAGAUCUAAUUCACCCUGGGCCUUGGGUUCUCUCGUGUUGCUGCUCAGAUUGUGCAGAGUGUUACCCGAGGACGGUUUGAGUGUAAACCCUUGAGGCCAACGGCAUCGGGCAGGAGAGGGCUUGCUGCCCUCCUCGGUGUGCAUGGGUGGACAUGCAGGCAGCUUGAGGCCUCCCAGCCCGCCGCUGAGAUGUGGCUGCACAGGGCUGGAGAGUCUCUCGGCUGGGGCUGGUACUAGAUUUGGUGGGAAGGGGCAGCUAGCAUCUUGGUGAUGCACUUCACCCACUCCCCUUACAGAAGCCGGAAGGGCACAUUGAGACUUAACAUGGCGUUAAUGUCAUCAGGCAAAUCAAACUCCUUCCCAUCAACUGGGUCCGAGAAGGCGUGAGCUGCCUUGGACAGCUCUGGCCAAGCUGGGUCCCCCCAAUGUUUCCGGCCAGCUUUCUGGGGGCUGCAGAGUAGGAGGGUGGUGUAGCACGUUCAUCUGAAGCACAAUGGCUGAUCUCCUACCUAGUGACAAAUUUGACUCAAAUUGACCACUUUCAUUAAUGAAAGACACUCAGACGCCCUAAGAAACAGGGCUGGGGUGUCUAGGGGAAGUGAGGAAGUGGUUUGCUCAGCUGUGCUCUGUUUGCUGCGCUGCUUGGGGGCUGCAUGAUGUCGGGGUACGAUAUGGAGGGUGAAGAGCAUCAAUACCGAAUGAUAGCCUCCUUUGCCAUUGUCCACCCCUGCUGUGAGCUCUGUUACCCGCAGAUCGGGCUGGGCAGACCAGAUAGAACAGUUCUAUUUCGAUUCACUUUCUAGUGACUUCUGUUGGGCCUGGUUCGAGGACUUGAGCGUUGCGCCUCAUGGACAUCUUUUUAUUAAGUGUUCUUUGCCAUUUCUGGAAUUGUCCUUGUUUUUUCCCUAGCUCAUAGGUCAUAGAUGCAGAAAUAUUAUAGUAUUUAAGGCAUCUGCAUCAAGCAUCAGAUGGCUUUGCAUCCAAAAAAAACAUUUAACAAUAACUCAGCUUGAAGCACCAAGCAUGUGUAACACGGCUCUAUAAAAUAUAAUAAACGCAUAAUGUUAAGCUUUUUAA